GUGCUCAGUCAGGAAGACUGGAGUAGUGUUAUGAAUGUUCUCUAUAGGAAUUAUUCGUAUAUUAUUAUAUUGAAUAUUGAUAAAACAGUUCAAAUUGCAAUCUUAAUAAUUACUUUUUACCUAUUUAUGAUUUCGUAAUUAACAAGUGAUAUUUUUUUCUACAAUGUGACCCAUGACAAUUUGGACGUAUUUUAUUGUAAGUUGUAUGUGUAACAUUAUUUUAUGGAAUUCAUAUUUGACAAUGAGAUCAAUAUUUUAGCUUGCAGUGAUUUUUUUCAUAAGUUUAAUGGUUUAAUCAUUUUUUAUUGGACGUUGAUGUUGCCGUGUUUAUUUGUUCAAAUAAUGAUUAGGCGUGUUACUACCUAUUGGAGUUUGAAUAAAAAAUAGUGAAACAUCAUAAACAUAGUAAACGUAUUAUAUAUAAGACUCAACAUGUCGCUGAACAUAAAGACUGAACUCUUUAAUGAGUCUUCGAGCGUUCCAGUGGUGAACUUAUCUGAUUCCUCUGAUGAUGAGAUUCCGGCCACAAAGACAGAGAAUAUAAAUAUAAAUGAGAAAGUUGAACGGCCAAGAACUCCAGAAACUCAUUGUUCCAUUUGCCUUGAAGAGUUAACCAAUAGAUGCUAUUCAGAUUCAUGCUGGCAUAUGUUUUGUUUUGAAUGUUUAAAACGAUGGUCAUCUAUUGAGUCCUCUUGUCCACUGUGUAAAAAAAGUUUUAAGAUAAUAAAUCAUACAUUUAAUGAUGAAGGUCUUCAUGAAACUUAUGAAGUUCCUGUUCAACCCGACAGCCUAUACAACCCGCAAAGAAUAUUUUUACGUCCAUUUCCUGAAGUGAAUAGAUUUUUCAGAAUGGAUUUUUUCCUCAAUUUUGUUAGAAGAAAUGAAAGAUAUAUAAGUGUGAGUGACAAUUCUGAUUAUAUGGUGCAAAUCCCAAUUCCUCAAGAACCUCUUUAUGGUCCAGAAGGCCGUCGUAUUCCUCAUCAAUCAAUUGCUCAUCUUGCAAGAGUAAGAGUAUAUAGUGAAAAUUUAUGGGCUGAACCAUUACCCGACUUAAGUGGCCGAUUUAGAGAUUGCAGUUCUGCUUUUUAUAGAAAUAAUCCUGCACAAAUGCAUAGAUUGGCAUCCUUUAUAUUAAGAGAUAUAUCGGCUAUCAGAGAAGUUGAGAGAUCUGAUAAUCCGAGGUCUGAUUCAACUAGCAAUGACUUUUUAACUAAUACAAUAAUGCAAACAAUUUUAAACUAUGAAAUUCGUGAUACAUAUAUGACUGCCAUGUUGAGACCAUACCUUGGAGAACAUUCUACUCAUUUUUGCCACGAGUUACAUAAUUAUGCUUCUAGUCCAUAUGAUAUGAUUGGUUAUGACCGUAAUGUAAACUAUAAUAAUCGACCACUUUUUACUUCACAACCACAAGCUGGUGUAAAUGUCACUACCAACAAUCCACUACCAAUUAUUUCUAAUUUGCCUCCAUGGAUUCGACUACCUCAAUUGAGUGAUACAAUUGUUGUGGAUUCUGAUAGCGACAGUGAUUCAAUUAGAAUGCAUACACAAGAGGUUAUAGUAGUCAGUAGUACUUCGGAUGAUUCUGAAGUUGAAAUGCUUAACCACCCUUUUAGACCAGUUGAUACGUAUGAUUUGUCGACUAGGGAUCAACCGUCUACAUCUACUGGUAUACGUGAUUCUUUAGACCGACCGACUACCAGGUAUAAUCUCAGAAGGCGAAGAUUGUUUUCACCUGCAUUAAGUGAUUCGUCGGGUUGUCCUGUACAUAUGUCCCAGAUAGGACGCUCAUCCACUUCUAGGCGAGGCAGAAUUAUAAUAGAUUCUUCAUCUUCAGAUGAUGAAGCAUUACCUACUACUCAUGAUAAUUCUCGUGCAAUGCGCAUGAAAGCGGAAAUUGUGUAUGGAGAAAGAAAACGAAAAUUGAAAAAAAAUAAACAGAAAAAAAGAAAAAGAAAUGUUGAUAAUCACCGCACGCCUAGAAUCUGUUACGGUAGUAGAAGGGCUCGACCGUUUUCAAGUGCAUCUUCGCUUUCAUCUUCAAGUGAUUCUGACGAGAGAGGUGACAAUUUUGUGGGUAGCUAAUUAACUGUUGCCUUGAAAAAAGAAUUACAGAAGUAAACACAUACCAUUUAUGAUAAUAUAUUUAUUGCCAAAUUAAUUGAAUAUAAUAUUAACAAAACAUUCAGUUAAGAAAAAAAACAUAAGAAAUACUUAUGCAAGUUAAAAUUGUAUUUUAAUAUUAUACUUAUAGAGAAUAAUUAUAAAUGGAAAAUUAUCUAUUAUGUAAAUAUAACUAUGACUAUGUAGUUAAAAUAAUUAUUGUUACUUUCAAUGUGUAUAUUUGUAAAUUUGUAUUUUGAGCCAAUUAAUAAAUCUUUUUUUUCUUAAAUAA